AUAGUGACAGAAACCAGUUAAAGUUAUAAUAUAGUAUCAUUAUAAAGUCACCGUUCUAAUUAUUUGUCAGAUAUAGGCUGCAUCUAUCACCCAACACCUUCUCUCCCUCUGGAAAAGAAUAACGUUACGCUCGCAAAGUCCCAACUAGGCUGCUGGAACCAACCAAAAGAGCAGUAAGCCAGUGUAGCGUGUCUUCUUUCUAAACCAGGAGAGAGAGAGGUGUCCCAUUGGAAUUACAAACCAGACUCCCUUAGUUUUUGUUACUUGGCAAUGCAGAUUGGUGUUGCUAGGUUCCAUAAACACCUGGGGCUUCAGGAAAACUGAAUAACACCUAUACUAGCAGAUAUGGGAGAAUCCAUCAUGACAAACAAGUACAUACUUCACAGCCAGGUAUUCAAUGCAAUCCGUGUGUUCCCUAACUAUGGAGAAUGUGCAGCAAGGUUCUGUUUCCCAGCCACCCCUUCUGACUGUUGCCUGGGGAGCACCCCCAUUAGGGAUCUUUCUUUUUAUAUCAGGCUGCUGGUUUGAGUACAUUUUAAAAACCCCACUAAUAUUCUAUUUCCCUGUACACAACCUGCAGAGAUGGAAGACUCACAUCCCACGUUUCAGCUCCCAAAGUUGCAAUCUAGCAACACAUAUAGCAAACAGCUUCCUCCACUGCAGGGAAGGUCCUAGUGGAAGGUAAGCUGCCCUGCGUCUGUGAUGACUGGGCCAUUAUCAGCCCAUGUUUAGAAGGUGCCAGGACAGCAUCAUUGUCAGAAAAUAAGCUACAUGUUUAUUUUGGAGAAAUCGGGAAAUGCCAGCUGGCGUUACACAAGGCAGACAACUCAAGAAAUGAUGGCGAAACAGCGGAUGGCCUUGGCCACGGCUCUCCUCACCUGUGUGCCGGCCUUUAUCAGGCCAACGUUCCCAGCUCCUGCUGAUAACGGCGACUAUUAAAGACCUCUUGUGCGAGGAACCAUCUCUCUAACAAAAUGUUGAAACUUGUGGUGACUUUGCUGCUGGUGGCUGGAGCGUACGGCUGUGGGACCCCCACAUACUCCCCAAACAUCCGUGUGGUAAAUGGGGAGAAUGCUGCACCCCACACUUGGCCCUGGCAGGUCUCCCUGCAGUAUGAGAAAGAAAACGCGUUCUACCACACUUGUGGAGGGAGUCUCAUUGCCCCUAACUGGGUCUUGACAGCUGCUCACUGUAUCUCCUCCGGUCGCACAUAUCAAGUCGUACUUGGGGAACAUGACCGCAGUGUGAACGAAGGAAGAGAACAGAUAAUUCCCGUAGACAGUGCAGACAUUUUCGUCCAUGAAAAAUGGUGGUCCAUAUGUGCGGCUUGUGGGAAUGACAUCGCUCUCAUCAAACUAUCCCGUGCAGCGCAGCUCAAUGAGGAAGCACAGCUUGGGUGCCUGCCACAGUCAGAGCAGAUUCUCACCAACAAUUACCCCUGUUACAUCACAGGCUGGGGGCGGCUCACCACUGGUGGAGAUCUCCCAGACAUUCUGCAACAAGCUCUCCUCCCCGUGGUGGACCACAGCACCUGCACUCAGAGAGACUGGUGGGGAAGUUCCAUUAAGACCACCAUGAUCUGUGCUGGCGGGGACAUACAGUCUGGCUGCAAUGGGGACUCUGGCGGACCCUUGAACUGCCAGGCGGCUGAUGGGAGAUGGGAGGUCCAUGGCAUUGCCAGCUUUGUGUCGUCCCUCGGCUGUAAUGCUCUGAAGAAACCCACAGUAUUCACUCGAGUUUCCGCAUUCAACGACUGGAUCAACAAUAUAAUCAGCAAUAACUGAACAUGAAGACACCGGAGCAGCCUGUGGGGGGGCGCUAUAUUACUGUGAUUAAUUAUCAUUUCCAAUAUUUUCCCGAAUAAAGAGCAAUACCCCAG